AUGAUAUUGGUGGAUCGUUUGGGUGUCGAACCAAAUAUAGUUGGCACAUUACAUGUGACUACAUCACAUGUCAUUUUUCGGUCUGAUAAAGGAGGCAAAGAGUUAUGGAUAGCGAACGGUUUGAUCGGUAGUGUCGAACGCGGGUCAUUGUCAGCAGCUGGUUGUCCUCUAGUGAUUCGUUGCAAGCACUUUCAGGUUAUCAAUCUGCUUAUUGGAAGGGAUAAAAUCUGUCAAGAUCUCUAUGAAACUUUAUUGAGGUGCUCUAAAAAACUUCCACUUCAGUGUUUAAUAACGAUGUCUCAGAUUUUGAAUGUAUGUGAAUUAGUAGCGUUUGAAAACCGUGAUGUGGCAGAAGACGCACGUGGAUGGUCUCGAUUGGAUUGGGCUGUUGAGUUUACGAGACAAGGUGUUGAUGGUGAAUGGGCUGAAAAUGAUCUCAAUGAGUCUUAUCGGAGCUGCGAUACAUAUCCUGAACGUUUGUGGUUACCUGUUUCUGCUAACAAAACCAUCCUUUUGGGUUCAUGCCGAUUUCGAUCUAGGGGACGAUUGCCGGUACUCACAUAUUUCCAUAAGCCAAAUGGAGCUGCGAUCUGCAGGUGUGCUCAGCCGUUGACAGGUUUCUCAGCACGAUGUCUCGAAGACGAAAAACUGAUGGAGUUGAUUGGCAAAGCAAAUAAGAACUGUGACACUCUCUUUCUCGUCGACACAAGGCCAAUAAUGAAUGCAAUGGUUAAUAAGGUGCAAGGCAAAGGGUUUGAAGACGAGAGGAACUACUCCAACACUCGAUUCCAUUUCUUCGAUAUUGAAAACAUUCACGUUAUGCGAAGCAGUCAAAUAAAGCUUCUUGAAGCAUGCACAAAGUCUCGUACAAUAGCUGAUUACUUGCGGUCAUUGGAAUCUUCUGGAUGGUUGAAACAUUUACGCGCUAUUGUCGAAUGCUCAACUUUUUUGGCUGAUUCGAUAUCAAAAGGAAUUUCAUGUGUGGUGCACUGCUCAGAUGGAUGGGAUCGCACUUCACAAACAGUAUCACUGGCUCAGUUACUGCUUGAUCCAUUUUUUCGUACGAUUCAUGGUUUCCAGGUUCUGAUAGAAAAGGACUGGCUAGGAUUUGGUCAUAAAUUCGAUGACCGAUGUGCUCAUGUUGGCGCACUAAAUGAUGAAGCAGCUAAGGAGAUAUCUCCAAUAUUUUCCCAAUUUCUCGAUUGCGUCCACCAAAUAAUGCGCCAACGUCCUCGAGCCUUUCAAUUCAAUGACCGUUACCUAAUCAACAUUCAUGAACAUGUCUACUCAUGUCAGUUUGGAACGUUUAUUGGAAACUGCGAGAAGGAUAGGAAAGAUCUCCAACUGGGGAAACGAACAAAAUCGCUGUGGACAUAUUUGGAUCUACGUCAGGACGAUUAUUUCAAUCCAUUUUAUGAGCCGACAACGUUCUCUGUUCUGUCCGGGAUAGACACUCGUGCAGCCGCAUUCAACGUUUGGCAUGCCUUGUACAAUCGUUUCGACGACGGUCUUCUACCACGAGAAAUGGUGAUUGACACGGUGAUGACAACGAUGGAACAUGUUGGAGUUUUGGAAAGUCAUAUUACGGCAUUACGAAUGCGAAUCGCAGAGCUUAAGUGUUACCUUGGUCGAGGAGGGGCAUGUUGCGGAAAUUCUAUGGCAGACAGUGGUCAUAGUAGCGGAACGGGACAAUCAGAAGAGCGGAUGGUUUCCGAUCAACGACCACCGUCACGCGAAAGCGGCAUCUACGAGCAGGGCUUGCCGUACUCGGAAGAAGUGCUAACUCGCCUCCCAGUUCGGUGGCAAUCCCUAAGGGAUGCUUCACAUUGUACUUCAAAAUCAUGUCUUGCUGAGUUUGCUUCGGCAGUUGAUCGAAGAAUUCACUGCCAUCGUUGUGGAAAGGUGUUUUGUCGGCGAUGCGUACGGGUUACUGCAGAUGAACGGGAGCGAAUUUGUGAAGGGUGUCGAGGCAUUUCAUAG